UCUAGCUGGUCACCGGAUCCAUGAAACGACGUAGUUUAGUCGAUAUCUUCUUCGUCCAAGACCAAGGCAAAAACCGUCUUCCUCGUCAGUCAGCAGCUCAGCCACACCUCUCUGCUCGGCACCGUCCGCGGCGGCGCGUGGACCGCGGGAACGAUGAGCGCCUGCAGAACCCUGGCUCGCACGUCGCUCUUCUCUCUCGAGUCCGGCCUCCGGAGCAGCCGCCGCGCCUCGUUCUCUCUCCCUCUCCGGUCCCUGCACUCUCUUCCUCCGCCUUCUCGAGGAUCGGGCCUCGUCAGACGCCACGGAGUUGCGGCGAGAUGCCUCGGCUCGGUUCCGGGAGCCGUCGCUCUGGAACCGGCCGAAGCGUCCGACGAAGACUCGCCGCCCCCUCAGGGCCCGUCGAAGGACGCCGCGGGGCACUUGGUUAUGGACCGCGACGACGUGGCGCAGCUGAUGAAGAUGGAGCGCAGGUCCGCGGUCGGCGGCGGUUCCGGCGAGAGGUGGUUCCCUUAUCUGGACAGGUUCGAGUGCGGGGCUUCCUUUCUGAGCAGCGGCGAGGUGUUGGAAGCUCUUGAUCCGCUCAUCAUGGACGUGAGGAAGGAGAGGUUCAGGAACGCGGUGAGAAACCGGAGCUACUCGGUAUGCUUGGUGGUGGAAGGGCUCUGCGACUUUGGGAACGUCUCCGCCGCGUUCCGAUCGGCGGACGCCCUGGGGUUCCAGUCCGUUCACGUCGUGUCGUGCGAUAGCUCGAAAAGGUAUAGAGAAAAUAGGCAUGUCAGCAUGGGUGCGGAGAAAUGGUUGGACAUUGAACUUUGGAACUCAACCCAAGAGUGCUUUAGAGUUCUCAGAUCUCGCGGUUAUAGAAUUGCCACAACUCAUUUGGCAACAGAUGCGGUGUCCAUUUAUGAUAUGGAUUGGUCUUAUCCCACUGCAAUUGUAGUUGGCAAUGAGAACAGGGGAAUUAGUGACGAGGCCCUGAAGUUGUCGGAUCUCCAUUGCAGCAUCCCGAUGAAGGGCAUGGUAGACUCCUUCAAUGUCUCUGUUGCUGCGGGCAUUCUAAUGCAUCAUGCUGUUUGUGACAGAACUUCUCGAUUGGGGCACCAUGGUGAUCUGACAAUGGAAGAAAGCCAAAUCCUGCUUGCAGAAUUCUCUCUUCGUCACAGCAAGAGUGGCAUCAGCAUUGCUCAUGAAUAUGCCAGGAGGAGGGAUGCAACUCUCAUGCCAAAACUUUGAUUGAUACAAUUAAGUCGGGUGCCUUAUUGUUGUUGUUUGCCCCAUCCGUGGCCUCAAAAGCUCGGCAAAAUCUUUUCUACUAAAACUCGAGACGGAAAACUAGGAGAUAAAGAUCUGCCACGACGCAGCAUUGAAGCGCCAGGGUGCGGCUACAUGAGCUGCUUGGAGCUGGAAGAUGUUGUUCUUGCUCCGAAGGAGGCAGAACACUCUGUAACCAUUGCUGCGAGAGCUGCAAGUUGGCUCACUUUUAUCGUCGGGGCUCACGAAUUGCCCGCCUCAGUUGAAAUCGAUAGGGAAGCACUUGCAAGUGUAGCUUUUGGGAAAGGGCUGGUACUCGUCCUAUGACAUAUGGCUUACACAGGACCCCGAUUAUAUUGUUAAUGAUAUUCACGUUCACAUA